AUGGUGGCUGUAUCUCCUCCCCCAGCUCCACCCUACAACAAACACUUCGACACACAGACCUUCUAUAACCAAAGGGAAAAUCUUCCUGUUAUAGAAGAUAAUUUCGUGAAACUUCAAGUUAAAGCUUGUGCUCUGAGCCAGAUAAAUACGAAGCUUCUGGCAGAAAUGAAGAUGAAGAAGGAAUUCUUUCCUGUUGGGAGAGAAAUUGCUGGAAUUGUGUUAGAAGUUGGAAGCAAGGUAUCAUUCUUUCAACCAGAUGAUGAAGUAGUCGGAAUUUUGCCAUUGGACUCUGAAGACUCUGGACUUUGUGAAGUUGUUAGAGUACAUGAGCAUUACUUGGUUCAUAAACCAGAAAAGGUCACUUGGACAGAAGCAGCUGGAACCAUUCGGGAUGGAGUUCGAGCCUACACAGCACUGCAUUACCUUUCUCAGCUCUCUCCAGGAAAGUCAGUGCUGAUCAUGGAUGGAGCGAGUGCAUUUGGUACAAUAGCUAUUCAGUUAGCACACCAUAGGGGAGCCAAGGUGAUUUCAACAGCAUGCAGCCUUGAAGACAAGCAGUUCCUUGAAAGACUUAGGCCUUCUAUAGCCCGAGUGAUUGAUGUAUCUAAUGGUAAAGUCCAUGUUGCUGAAAGCUGUUUGGAAGAAACAGGUGGCCUAGGAGUAGAUAUUGUCCUAGAUACUGGAGUGAGAUUGUAUAGUAAAGAUGAUGAACCAGCUGCAAAAUUACAAUUACUACCACAUAAACAUGAUGUUAUCACACUUCUUGGUGUUGGAGGCCAUUGGGUAACAACAGAAGAAAACCUUCAGUUGGAUCCUCCAGACAGCCAUUGCCUUUUCCUCAAGGGAGCAACAGUGGCUUUCCUUAAUGAUGAAGUUUGGAAUUUGUCAAAUGUACAACAGGGAAAAUAUCUUUGUAUCUUAAAAGAUGUGAUGGAGAAGUUAUCAAAUGGUGUUUUUAGACCUCAUAUGGAUGAAGCCAUUCCACUGUACGAGGCAAAAGUUUCCAUGGAAAUUGUUCAGAAAAAUCAAGGAAGAAAAAAGCAAGUUGUUCAAUUUUAAUUUUCUUCUUUCUCAGACCUCAGUUGGAUGAACCUAUCCCAUAUUUGAAGCCACAGUUUUCCUUGGAUAUUGUUGAGAAAAAUCAAGGAAGAUAAUAGCAAGUUCUGCUUGUAAGCAUGUUUUCCUGCUAAGACAAGAUGCUCAGUUAUAUGACACAUUUGAAAACUAUUUGAAAAAUUAUUGUUUGGACGAUCAAGAUAAUCGUAUAACAUGUGAAGGGAAUAGUCUGAAAACCUUUUUAGUUAUUGUUUCUAUAUACAUUUUGCCUCUGCUAUAACAUUCUUUCCACGAAGAAAACUGCUUUCAGCAAAAGCCACACUACUGAUAAAGCUGUUACAGGCCUUUGCUAAACUAUCAAAAUAAUGUUAUUAAUUUGUUAUUAAUGUUAUUAACAUCAACUAUGUUCUCAACAC